UGGUAGUCCCAAGCCAUGUGUGGCAAUCAGCACUUUUUCUUGGGAGUGAAGGCAGGCAUGUAAUGUAUCCAAUGUAUUGAACAUGUGUGCGUGCAUGUGUGCGUUACCAGUGUACUCACCUGAAACAUGCCGAGUUCAAAUCUGCUCAGUAGUGGCCAGUCGGAAAUAACUUUAGAAUGAACGGGUAGGCUUCAAACUAUUGUGUGAACUGCUACCUGAACCAAAGAGAGAUCUUAUCAGUUUGGAGUCGACGACAGAGAAAAAUGUAAGAGACGAAACCCUCUCGUCUUGUUUGCAGCCCUUCAUUUCUCACCCAGGGGAAGGUAGAGAACAUCCAGUGAAUUUGAGACGGUCUAUCAUUCUGAAAUGGAACACUCGUACUUUUGUAGAUGCUAGCCCACCAGCCUAUCUGAGUCCCUUUUGGGUGGUUCCUGACAACUAGUUUCCAAGCGUCUGGCCACCCACCUCAGAAUCACACGGAGGGAAAAAACUCACCUCGGGCCAGAGCUGCCCUCCUUGUCCUUUUGUAGAGGGAACAACCCUACUGUACCUUGGCACCCUGUUUCUCCGGGCGAGACCAGGUCCAACCGACCAGGACCGAUAGUUCUAAGAGACCCCAUAGUUACAGCUCCUCGACUUACCAUACCCCUACAGCUGACUUCAAGAUGGGACAGCAGGCUAACUCCAGAAUUACAGAUUCUGGGUCUAACUCGGUCAUCGUUAAGAGGGAACCACCGGAUGAUGGCUAUGACAUGUCCCCACAGUAUAGCAGUCAAUACACACCGACCAGCUCAAUAGGGAGCACGUCAAGCUCCGGAACGCUAAUCAAAGAACAGAUACCGGACGGAGGAUUCAGCCUGUCCAAGAAACGGAAAGGUCCAGCGCCCAGGAUGGAUCUAGAACUGUGUUUAGUCUGCGGGGAUAGGGCGUCAGGGUUUCAUUAUAAUGCAUUAAGUUGCGAGGGUUGUAAAGGUUUCUUCAGGAGAAGCAUAACAAAGAAUGCUAUCUACAAAUGCACGCGAGGCGGCAACUGCGAGAUGGACAUGUAUAUGAGAAGGAAAUGCCAGGAGUGUAGACUAAGAAAAUGUAGAGAGGUCGGCAUGCUACCAGAAUGUUUGUUAACGGAAGAGCAAUGCAAAUCAAAGAGGCAAAGGAAGAUGAUGAGGAAAGCCCAGGCCCAGGCUGAGAUGAGCCCUCAGCAGAGUGAAGAUGAGAGUCCAGUGCUCACAGACGAGCAACGAGAAAUCAUUGAGAGGCUGGUUGUAGCUCAUAAAGAUCUGGAAGUCCCUGGACCAGAAGAUCUCAAGAGUUUGACGCCGUGGAAUGAUGAAAACAAAGAAAAAGAUUUAACCCAGGCAACCCUCGCAGAAUGUUUCACAGCAAGCAAAGUUGAAAAAACUUUUAAGCUACACGUAGAACCGUGUAAAGAUGGCGAGGGAGUGUCCGGUGAAGAAGAUUCCACAGAAGAGAUACAGCUCAGGUUUGCACACAUCACAGAGUUGACGAUCCUUACCAUUCAGCUCAUUGUAGAAUUCAGCAAAAGAAUACCGGACUUUCUAGGUCUAGGGAGAGAGGACCAGAUUGUUUUAUUAAAGGGUUCGGCCAUUGAAGUAAUGCUCUUGAGGACGGCGUUACGAUACGACAAAGAGCAAGACGCCAUCAUGUUCGGCAACGAGCAACCCUACACGAGGAAACAACUCCAAGAGGGCGGUAUAGGAGACCUUGUGGAUCCCAUGUAUAACUUUGCGCGAAGCAUGUCUGAGCUAGACCUGGACUAUGCUGAGUAUGUCCUUCUCAUGGCAAUAACGAUACUCUCCUCAGACCGGCCGAGCGUAGAAGACAGGGAAAAGGUCGAGGAAGCCCAAGAGAAAUACCUGGACAUGCUCACCGCCUACCUGAAAUUACGACGGCCAAAAGAGACUUUGAUUCUUCCGAGGGUCUUGAUGAAACUCACCGAACUACGGUCUCUGAAUAACAGCCACUCGGAGUUACUGUUCCAAUUGAAGCUGAAAGACCAGAGAAUCCCACCGCUACUCAAAGAGAUCUGGGAUGUACAGUAACCGUCCCUGAGCGGCCAAAAAACCACCAACAAAAUGGCAAAGGGGACCAGUGAAGUUAUAAACAACUAUUAUUAUAAAAAGGAAAAAAAAAAAUUGACGUCGGGUUAUUUUGUUUUGUUUGUUCUGUUUGGAUUUCCCAUCGGAAGAUGUUGUUGUUUAACAUUGACACUGUAAAGAAAAAGACAGAAGCGUAGUGAUCGUCUGGCUGGGGAGUGCAGGCAACAUCAUGUGACAGUAUUGGCCAAUCACUGAGGCGUAUUGUUGUGACAGAAUAUGACAUAAUUUCAAACGCUUGUGUGGUUAUGUGAUGAUGAGGAGCCAUUUUAUUAGUCACAUCUAUGGAACCCUGGAGGGAGAAGAAAACAAAUCUUGUUUUUGGUGACAAGUAAAUCACACGCAGAACAUGUGUAUUGACAUAAAGGCUGAAUUAACUAAUGCAGAUAUACCGCCCUCUAUGGGAGAGAAGUGAUUGCAUGGUCAGAUCGCAACACUUGAAACCCCAGGUGAUGUCCCAGGCAUAUUGUCACACGAGGAUUAUUUCAACCAUGUUAACCAAUCAAUCGAGAAGUUGUACUUUUCCUGAUUUCCUGUUGAAAUCAAAUUUCGGAAUAAAGGGAAUAAAAGUCAACUACGAGAGACACUAUUGCAAUGCUGCACAUCAGGGAUGCGCUCCUGUUUUAAGUUUUUGUUCCCAUGGCAACCCUCCCGCCUCAAUGAUGCACCCAGCGGGUCUGACGGUGGAGCCAGGUUCAAAACCCUCCACUGACAGCAACGUAAUCCACCUCUUUAAUGUACAAAUAAACUGUUGGUUCGCCCUAGGGUUCGGAGUGCACCAGAUGCUGAUUAACGUUAACAGCAGAGGGCGCUAUUCAAGUGAACUUUACAACGCCUACUGUAGCCGGAACAUCUGACAUCACACUUUGAGGCUCGUGAAUUACGCCAGAGAUCUUCUGUUGAGCUCACAUACAUAAUGACCUGGCUUUCAUGGUUCUGGAGAUUCGCAGUUGAAAAGCCGCAGACAUGCGUAUGACAUAAAAGGCAACACCUGGGAACUAGUCUAUUCCUAUGGUUGGAGAGCAUUGGAGCUGAUUACUGUCAACAAGAGAGGGCGCUAUUCAACUGAACUUCACAGCACCAACUCUCUUCAUGGCAGUAAGUUCACAGAGAGCCCAUAUUGUUCAGAGAGCAUCAGAGGUGAUUAACGCCAACAACAGAGGGCGCUAUUCAACUGAACUUUUACAACAUCACCCCUUCUCAUGGCAUUAUUUUCACACAGUGCCCACUCCUCUUAAAAGCUGCAAAACGGGGGAUGUCAGUUGUUAUGAAAACUAGAAAAUAAAUAUUAUGAGUUGUUACUUUUGUUUUUUUAAUUAAUUUGUUGCUGUGGCUGAGCUCAACUAGACAUGUACAUAUUGAAUAAAUUCAUCACAGCCAGUUAAUUGUAAUAACCGAAUGAUUAAACCGUCUAAUGAGGUACAGAUGUAUUUAAACAUUGCCAAUAGUAAUAUACCCCCUCUGUUGGAAGGAU